AGAGGCCAGACUCUGCGCACUGUGGACUCGGGUCAGUGGUUUUCGGCCUCGCGCGGACUUCACUGUUUCUCUGAUGAAAUGGCUCUGCUUUUUAUUGUAACGUAACGUGAUCAGCAUCCGAGCCCGGGACAACACUCCACUCUAAAGGUCUGAAUAAGGAGCAACAUGGACGGAGCGGACGUGAGCCAGCUGUCCGACGAGGAGCUGCUGAUGCUGGGGAAGGAGGAGCUGGUGCGCCGCCUGCGGAGGCUGGAGAGCCGCCACAUGGAGCUGAUGCUGGAGCACGGACACAUGAUGAAGGACGUGAACCGCAGCCUGCACGUCCAUCUGCACGAGGUCCGCAGCCUCAAAGAGGUCAACCAGAAGCUCCAGGACGACAACCAGGAGCUGCGCGAGCUCUGCUGUUUUCUGGACGAUGACCGGCAGAAGGGCAAGCGCGUGUCCCGGGAGUGGCAGCGCUUCGGCCGCUACACGGCCAGUGUGCUGUGGAAGGACGUGGGGCUGUACCAGCAGAAGCUGCGGGAGCUGGAGCUCGGCCAGGAGGCGCUGCGGGCGGAGAACGCGGAGCUGAAGGAGAUCGUCCUGAUGCUGGACGAGGAGCGCAGCGGCGCCGGCUCCAGGAGCUCCAUCGACAGUCAGUCCAGCCUCAACAACCUGAACGGCUCCGGGGGCAUCCGGGACGUAGGAGACGGCAGCAGCACCUCCAGCACCGGCAGCGCGGGGAGCCCCGACCACCACAAGACAUCAGAGGCCAAGAUGGCAUCACUCCAGAGGUCCAUGGAUGACCUGUCCAGAGCAGCAGGGCUCAGCGACGCCUCCGUCAACUACGUCCGACAGCUGGAGAACAGAGUGAUGACGCUGGAGGACGAGAACAGACAGCUCACCUCACAGGUUAACGGAGGCGACGUGAAGACACUGAGGAAAGGACUGUCUCUGUAUCACUCUGAAAGUCAGCUGUCCAACUUUCAAGACGGAGUACACAAUGGAGCAGCCCGGACCCCCAGCGGAGAACCGUCCCCCACCGAGAUCUACCUCUCCCCUGGACAAAAACCAGAGGCCGUGGUCCAUGCCAUGAAGGUGCUGGAGGUCCAUGAAAAACUGGACAGAACAAACACACAAGAAUAUGAAGAGGACCUGAGUGAGAAGGAGAAGGCCAUCGUCCGAGAGAUGUGUAAUGUUGUGUGGCGAAAGCUCGGAGACGCCGCGGGUUCGAAGCCGUCGGUGAGACAGCAGCUAUCGGGAAACCAGUACAAACCGCCGUUAUAGUCCACCCCGGACCCGCAUAACCGCAACUGCAAAAAACACACGCACUUGAAAUCAGAAUAUUCACUUGAUUUUGAUAGUUUUGACCCGUUUGGAUGCGUCUCAUUUUCAUUUUGUUGUAUUUUACCUCAAACUUUAAGGCUCUGUACCUGAUUCUAGCAUGUGUUUGAGCAAUAAUUAGCAUCCGGUAAGUGAGGAAUAACUUCAGUUAAUUUUAAAAACAGUUUGCAGUCCUGGUCCGGUUUGUUUUUCGUGUUUUUAAGAAAGUAAAAAUCAGGUACAGUGCCUUUCAAUGUAGCUAUUUUAAUUUUUUUGUAUUAAAUUGGCUCAUUAAGCGCAAUCAUUGAGUCGCGCGUAGCUAGCAAAACAAUACUGACAUGCUAACGUGUACGCAUAAAUCCAAAACUACUCAAAACAAGAUUGAUAUUCUAAUUUCAAGCCUUUUCAACUAAAUAUUUUUGCAGUCCUCGUUGCUUUUACCCCAUCUCUAAACUUUGGGACAUUUUUGGGGGUCUUAAAUUAGUUGCCGUGGAGACCGGACAGCUUUUCCUAACUGGAUUUAUGUUUAAAAACUGCAAAAAAAGACUGAAAGACUGAAAGGGUGACCACGCCCGCAGCAUACCUCCGGAUCCUUUUUGAAGCGAGUGAAGAGGCGACGAAUGUUUGAUGAGCUCAUUUUUGGACAGUUUUAAGUCGUGAAAAGGCGCUUCCAUUUUUUAUUUUUUUCUUCUUCAUUUCUGCAAAAUGAAUAAAUUCUUAAUAGACUUGCACUUUUCAGGAGUUUGCAGGAAGUUUUUUUUUUUCCGACUGAACGACACAAACACGACGAUGUCCAGAGAUGUUUUUAUUAUUAUGGUUUUUAUAAGUGAAAUGUGGCAGAUGUGAGACCGGGACUGGACCAGGACUAGACCAGGACUAGACCAGGACUAGACCAGGACUGGACCAGGACUAGACCAGGACUAGACCAGGACUAGACCAGGACUAAACCAGGACUAAACCAGGACUAGACCAGGACUAAACCAGGACUGGACCAGGACUAGACCAGGACUAAACCAGGACUAAACCAGGACUAGACCAGGACUAGACCAGGACUAGACCAGGACUGGACCAGGACUAGACCAGGACU